UUUUAGUUAAAAAAAGUUAAUGGAUGUUUGUGUUAGACUGAAGUUGAACAAAUUUGUUUGCACAAAUAAAUACAAUAAUUUUGACAGCUGAUUUUCUUGUUGAGAGGAGAACAGAGCAAAUAAUUUCAAGAGAACCCAAAAUGUGGAGGGUGAAUUGUGUACGCUCAGAUACAAAAACUCGCACAAAAUUCUAAUAACAACCAAAAAUUUUGGGGUGAAUAUUUUUGACAGUUUCUCUGUAGAAAAACAAAAACAAAACAAAACCCCGAGGCUGGCUAUUCGAAAUUCCAUUAAGAAUCAGUUAAUGAAAAUAUGAAGAUCAAUGCAAAAAUGGCGACUCCGAUUGAGGAAAAAGUCGAUCAAAACUUAAAAAUAAGAAUUGGUAUGGUGAAUGUCAGCGAUGGCAAAUGUAAACCAGAACCACUUAGACUGAAUUUAACAAUGGAAUUAUUGACAUUGCAAAAAUUGGAAAUAAUAACACCAACGCAGCACAAUGGACCACCAAUGGAAUCAAAGGAACGCAUGGUUCAGAUUACGCGCCAAAAACAGGGCGGUCUUGGCCUGAGCAUAAAAGGUGGUGCAGAGCAUAAAUUACCUAUUUUGAUAUCGCGUAUCUACAAGGAUCAAGCGGCUGAUAUAACAGGUCAAUUAUUUGUGGGUGAUGCGAUAAUUAAGGUUAAUGGCGAGUACAUAACGGCAUGUCCGCAUGACGAUGCUGUAAAUAUUUUACGGAAUGCAGGCGACAUUGUAGUUUUAACGGUUAAACAUUACCGAGCCGCAACACCAUUCCUACAGAAACAACUUACAAAGGACACACCCGACUCCGACAAUGAUGCAACAUGUGCUGAAUUAAAGGCUGACGAAGGUUACAAAUCUUCGAUAAAUAAUGGCACAAUAAGCCGCAGUUGUAGUCGGCCAAUGUCAAUUUGCUCUGAACCUGAAAAGAAAUGGGUGGACGUCGUGGCAGUUCCACUUAUGAUGGCUUAUGUUACGCGUUAUAUUUACGGGACCGAUAAACUGCGCCAGAAUGCGUUCGAAGUGCGCGGUCUAAAUGGCACUACGACUGGUAUUAUACACUGUGAUGAUUUGGCUAUUUUAAGUCAAUGGCUUAAACUGAUAACUGAUAAUGUUGUAGGAUUGACACAUUUGCAAAUGAAACUUUACAAUCGUAAUUUUGCGGUAGGCGAACGUAUCGAAUAUAUGGGCUGGGUCAACGAAGGUGUCAUUAAUAAUAACAUAUCCUGGCAAAGUUAUAAGCCCAGAUUUUUAAUACUUAAAGGCACAGAAGUAAUGCUUUUUGAGUCACCACCGUUGAAUGUUGCUGGUCUAUCAAAGGCUUUGGUUGUUUAUAAGGUCUAUCAGACUAUGUUUCGUGUUGUCAAAGAAUCGGAAACGGUUGAUAGUCGCCAACAUUGCUUUUUACUACAAAGUUCCGGACAUGAGCCACGUUAUUUAAGCGUCGAGACCCGACAAGAAUUACUGCGCAUCGAAAACAGUUGGAAUGCGGCAAUUGUAACCAGCGUCAUUAAAUUGGGGCGCAAAACUUUUGCCGUUUCUCAUCACGGCAAGAGUGGAGGUCUAACACUGGACUGGCAGACCGGCUUCUCACUUGCAGAGGGCGCUGACUCCGCUAUUGUUUGGCAGUAUAAGUUUUCUCAACUGCGAGGCUCCAGUGAUGAUGGAAAAUCAAAAUUAAAACUACAUUUUCAGGAUCAUGAAACUCGCGCUAUCGAAACAAAAGAAGCAUUGUUAUAAAUAAGUGAAAUAUUACUCAUGCUGGCACAUAUACAGUAAAUUUUAAAGCAAGCAUCAUAUCCGCCUGAAUGUAUGCAAAGUAAACGGCACGCUUUUUAUAUGCGUAAAUUUUUAAUGUUAGCACCCGACAUAUCUUAACAAACUUAAAGCUUAAAUUUCUACACAAAGUGUGUUUAAAGCACUAUCUAUUCACUAAAAAAAAAAAUUAUAU